UUUACCACAGGAAUGUCUGUGACAGAGCUGGCCCGAGAUUUAGGAGCUUGUUAGAGAUGGAUGGUGAAGCAGAAAUAGUGAGUGGAUGCACCCACAGAGAAAACAAAAGGUCAUACAAAGACUUUUUGAUGGAUGUUGAGGACCUGGAGGAAGCAGGAUCAGAUGCAGAGGAGCAUAGCACCAAGAUGCUUCACCAGGAACAAAGUGGCUCCCUGAACAAGAACAUACCACCUAUUGGUAGUAGUGGUAUAGACCACAAACCUCAUGGAGCAGACGUCUCAAGUUUCCUCCAUGAAUAUCCAGUCUGUGUGUCACAGGACAGAUGGACAGUGAGAGGAGAAGAGCGUAUCCAAGAAAACUUGUUGCAUCCAUGUUUUAAUGCAGAGGGAAACAUUAGUCUGAGGAGUCCAGGUCCCAUGAUGGAGUACUUGGUGUAUCUUAAUAGCCAGCAUUAUGGGGCAGAUUGUCCCAGUAACGGACCUGCCAGCCCCGCUGUCUCUCCAGUAGGCAACUGGCCUCGUCACUCUACACCCAUUCCUAGUUCACUGACAGCUAUUUCUACUACUGUUAGCUCCAUGAUGACUAGCUUCAUGACUGAUUCAUGUAGUCCCAUUGGUUUUAUAUGUGGUGUCACUACUUCAGCCACAGACCCUCUAAUGUCCACCCCCAAGAGUCUCUGCUGCUCUGACCAGGAUCCUGCCAGUGCUGCAGCUUACCUUCACCUCCUGGGAGAAUCGUUAUCCCUGAUUGGACACCAUCUCCAGGAGACAGAUAAAAUGGUGUGUAUGUCGAGUAGUUUGUCUCUACUCUUGGACUCUCUAUUGUGUGCUAUGGCUCCACUUACCGGCCUCACUAUGCACAUACCAGAGCUGAGGAGCUGCACCCAACACACACUGGCCUCCACCUUGGAUAACAUUGCGUAUGUGAUGCCUGGCCUGUGAGUAAAAGGAGACCCCUACUGGCUCUACACAGCAAUGAUAACCUGAAAAACAUUUUUCUGGUAGUUGAUACUUGAAAAGUAAGAGUUUUGUGUUAUGAGAAUUUGCCUGCACUUUGAACUUUGAAGUGAACUUUUUUCAGAAGGACAUUUUUUUUUGUUAACUACAUAUGUUAAUUAUGUUUAAAAUGCAAAUUAAAUGCCUUGCAUUAACUAUUUGAUUAGAUAAGAUUUUUGAACACUCUGCUUUUUAAAUUAAUUGAAUAGUGAUAGAGAUGUCUUGUGUACUUGGAAAACAUUAGAAGUAGUGGGUAAUCCACAGUAGAGAUCAGGCAUCACAUAUUUACAUUUGCCUGGUAACUCAAUAAUAAAUGUACAUGAAUACCAUCUUGUGUUUUGUUUGUACAGAAUGGGUAUGUAUAGUCAACUUAAAUAUUCUUACAAAAUGUUCUUGAUGAGAUGAGAAAAAGCUGGUUUCUUGAACAUGACAAUGAAUUCAUUGUACUCGGAUGUCAUCCACAGUCACCAGGUCAGUAGUCAAUUCAGUAGUCACAUCCUGGAUGUGCAGCCAACAAAUCUGCAGCAGCUGUACAAUGCGAUCAUAUCAAUAUCGACCAGAAACUAUGAGAAAUAUUUCCAGCAACUUGUUGACUCUUUGCCAUGCAGAACCAAGGCAAGGGGGCCUAGCCAAGUACUAGCAAGUGGGAAUACAAGAAAAUAUUUGAGGAUGAAGCUGUGGGGAUGUGUGCAAAUCUGUAAAUAUUACCCAGCUACUUUAAUCACAGCCAUGAAUAUAUGCUGAAAGAGCAAUUUUCUUGUUUUGCAAAUUACUGAAAACAGGUUAACAUUUGAAUCCUUAAUGACUAAG